AUGGCAUGUAUUUCUUUACCUUGUUGUACUGGGUCAUUUUUGACCCCAAAUAGGUUACAAAUUAGAAAUUUUAGGGUUCAUAGAGGUUUAUGCACUAGUUCAUUUGUUUUGCCUUCAAUGAAGUUUAAUUUUCAACAUGAGUUUGUAUUGAACAAGAAAUUUGAGUGUUAUGGUAGAGAAAAUAGAGUUCCGGUGUCGAGGUUUCGGUAUUAUUGUUGCAAGUCUCAACAGAAUGGUGUUCAUAAUGAAAUUGAGCCACUUGUUAGUAGAAGUAGGGGUGAUAGUGGUAGGAAGAGUGGUUAUGGUAAAGAGGAAAGUAAGAGGUUGAAGAAGAGAUUUUCGUUGAGGUUGCGGCCGAGGUUAAGGUUAUUGGUUAUGAGAAUGAAAAGGGCUUCUGUUGAAUCUGUUUUAAGUAAGUUUACUUCAAUUCCUCCGCCUAAAAUUGUUCCGUAUUCGGAUUUGAUUGGAAGUCUUCAGAAUGGAAUAGUUGCAAAAGUUUUAGUCGAAGAGGGGUCUCGAUGUAUAUAUUACAAUACGGUGUCUGAUGUUGAGGUUGUUGAAGAUGAUAAGGCUUCUGGUGAAGAAUCACAACGAGUAGUAGAUGUUGCGAUGGACAAGGAUAUAAACGAGGUUAUGAGUGAGGAUGGUUCAAGGUCUAGCCAGAUUCCAGUGUUGAAAAAAUUGAAGAAAUUCUCAAAGAGACGAGCUUCUAUUCCUGAGUGGCAGUAUUCCACGAGAAAAAUAGACCGCGAUGAAAAAUUUCUUAUGAGUUUGAUGAGAGAAAAGGGGGUUACAUUUAGCUCUGCGCCUCAAUCUGUGUUAAUGUCAAUAAGGACUACUCUGAUAACUAUGAUUGCACUGUGGAUACCGUUAAUUCCGUUGAUGUGGAUUAUGUAUCGUCAACUUUCUGCCGCUAAUAGUCCAGCAAAGAAGCGGAAACCGAAUAGUCAGACAGUUGGAUUCGAAGAUGUCCAAGGUGUUGAUUCUGCUAAAGUAGAACUCAUGGAGGUAGUUUCAUGUCUGCAAGGCGAUAUAAAUUACCAAAAGGUAGGUGCAAAGCUACCUAGAGGAGUGUUGCUUGUCGGUCCUCCAGGAACCGGGAAGACAUUACUUGCACGUGCAGUAGCAGGGGAAGCAGAUGUACCCUUUUUCACAGUCUCUGCCAGCGAGUUUGUAGAAAUGUUUGUUGGAAGAGGGGCUGCUAGAAUCAGAGACCUUUUUAGUACAGCAAGGAAAAAUGCACCAUCGAUCAUAUUCAUCGAUGAACUUGAUGCAGUUGGAGGCAAACGUGGAAGAAGCUUCAAUGACGAACGUGACCAAACGCUGAACCAGUUGCUGACCGAAAUGGAUGGGUUUGAAUCAGAGAUGAGAGUGGUUGUCAUUGCAGCAACUAACAGACCGGAAGUCUUGGAUCCGGCCCUAUGUCGCCCGGGUCGUUUCUCAAGGAAAGUAUUUGUAGGAGACCCCGAUGAAGAAGGAAGGAGAAAGAUAUUAGGUGUGCAUCUAAAAGGAGUUCCUUUGGAGGAGGAUGCUAACAUCAUAUGCCAGUUGAUUGCUACUCUUACUGCCGGUCUUGUAGGUGCUGAUCUUGCAAACAUUGUCAAUGAAUCCGCUUUGCUUGCUGCUCGAAGAGGUAGUGAAACUGUGGCAAGGGAAGAUAUAAUGGAAGCAAUUGAAAGAGCAAAGUUUGGAAUCAAUGAUAAGCAACUAAGGUCUAGUAAAAUAAGCAAGGAGCUAAGUAAGCUAUUCCCUUGGAUGCCAUCAUUGAUGGGAAGAAGUGAUAGGAAACAAGAUGACAUACAAGGUCCACUAGGUUAUCAAUCAUUGAGUUCAUGA